CUUUCUGUUUAGAUUUCAAAAUAUUUUUGCCAUUAGAGGCCAUCUCAAAAGAAAUUAUAAGUAUCAAAGAGCUCUACCUGUCUAAAUCUGAACAUGCUAAAAACUUUGGGAUGUGAGUGUGCAGUAUAAAUGCACAUUGACAGUUUAUCUGGUCAGUACAAAGACUAAAAAAAUUUAAAAAACCAAAAAAGGCUCAGAGUUAAAACCUAGUACAAGUUCUACAAUUUUGCUAGCUUAAUUUAAAAAAGCAAAACAAACAAACAAAAAGAGCAGAACACCCCAACACCACAAUGACUGCAUUCUGUGCCAAGCUAACCACCAGACAUGGAGGUCUCUGCUUCAAACAUAACAUAUAUUCACCUAUCAGCACUGGUCAAAACCAAGCCAAAUUGUUUUCUUGAGCCUGAAAUUCUUAGAACAGUAUUUCAGUGGUAUUUCAGCAGAAAUCUAUAUAAUAAACCAUUGCUGGAACAGGCUACACUGCUUCUUUACUUUCAAUAAAUAGUACUUGAAGUAAAACUAUACAGCUACAAAAUUUACCUACAACCAACUGAAAAGAAAAAUUUUUGUCAAGAAAUAGACCAAAAUCCUGUGUUCACUUCUCUUGGAAGCUCUGAUAAUAAAUACUUAGCUUUCACAUUGACACUGCCUUGUUUUUCAAAACAGAAUUGUUUCUAGGAACACAAUGAACUUGCACAGCGUCUGAAGCAGGGCAGGGCAAGGCACUAAUCCUAUUUUUGUCACCAUCAUGUCACAUGGCCUGGGAUAAAUCACAAUUCUUCUGUCCCUCAGUCUCUUCAUACGUAUAGAGAGACCAUUGGGGAGCAAGGCCUUAAUUAGCAGCAUUCAUUGUAGUUUUUGCUUGUAAGCCUUCAAAGCAUUCAUUCACUCUUACCCCCGUUGCAUUUUGAGACAGCUAAUGAGCCUGCAGCAGCCUGUCAGACAUCCUGUAUUUACGGAACGUGCUGCUCCACGCGGGAAUGCCGGCGAGCCGAGGUCAGGGAGCACGGCAUUCCUGCACAACGUUAUUCCGUGUUCAGUCAUUCAGCAAAGACUGAACUUACAGCAAGGUAUGCUAUUUAUGCAAAUUAAAGCUUGCAGGGCAAAAGGGCCAAUAGCCCUGUUCACACAGAAAAGACAGAAUCUUUCAUGACCAUGCACAUGCAGUACUUCUAUUUAAAAUAUUGCACUUAGUGACAGUAAAGCCCAAUGCUUUAGGAGCAUCAAUCAAAAAGGGCUGCAAGAUAAGAGUACUGCAAUUUACAGAGCAUUUUAUAGAGAACAGUGCUGCUUUCUGAAUGACUCUAUAAAAAGAAAGCUGGACAUACAGUAUAGUUAAAAGUUCCUGGGCUACAUUCAUACCACAUCUCCUUAAGCUGUACUGUUCUCAUUACAAAUUAUAAUUUGAGAACUAACAACACAAGUGAUUCAAUAUCAGAUGCAUUUGCAAAUUAUCCUUUGGAUAUUUUAACCUCGUUAUUAAAACCAUCAUGCCUUCUUUCCCUGCGUUUACUCCACUAGACAGAUUACAGACCCUUUGCACUGGUGGAGGGUGCAAAAGGAAGUCAGCAUUUAAAGUGCUUGAAGCAGUACUCAAAUUUAAAAAAACCCAACUCUUUAGUACAGACAUGUACCACUACAAAAAGAAACCACAAAUCCCCCAAACAAACAAAGAAACAAAACCCUUGGCAAGAACAACCUGUUAUUAUUAUUUUGACUUAAUUAAGUACAGCACUGUAAGGGCUGAGGAGAUCUGAAAUCUUUGACAAACCUGGCUGAUAUAGGCAAUAAAAUAUUGCAUUAAAAAUAUGGUUUUUUUCAGUGAAGAGAAUGCUGACAUUUAAAUACUAAAAAAAACCCCAAAACAGGUCAUACUGGCUUUUAAUGUGAAAACUUGUAUGUGACCCUGCAGAAAGAUGCAAGGAAGUAUAUAUCCUGAUAUUGUGGGAGAGCUGUCAAAUAAAGCACCCACAUUUGCCUUUUGAGGCUGCAAAAAACUUCUGAUAUCAACUAUUUCAAGAUACUUGGGGACUAAUGGAAGGUGUUAGGCUCACUGGUCUGUUAGGAAAGGGAACAAAGAUGAUCAUCAGCAUGGCUGCAUGUGCAGUACAGGAAUUCGUUCUAAUGACCCAAAUAUUUCCAGAGGGUUUAACCACCAGAGGGUUCAAAAAAUGAAAGCCUCAUGGUUCUGUCCUGCUGCAGCAGAACUGGGAUUCUUCCUGGAAGAUCUGAAACUACCUGUAACAUUCAUCAACCAUUUGGAGAUUCAUACUGUUACCUCUCAAGCUCCAAAUGCCAGCAACAGUUAACCCACCAGAGUCCAAAGCAGAGCAGAAAGUAUCAGGCAAGGUUUCCUGGAAAGGAAUAAAUAAUUUCAUGGGAAAACUGGGACUUUGGAACUCAGCUCCUGAAAUGUCUAAGGACUCUCAUCUCCUAACUUUUGUAGGAGGGCCUCUGGUGAUUGACUGAGACCUUCUAAGGCUUACAACAGUAUUCACCUUUAGAAUCAGUCUUGGGAAGAGUUAAGAUGGAGCUGGAAUUACAGCAAACUUUUUUUUAAUAAAAAUACUUUGGUACUCUCAGGUUAGCUGACCUGAACAGGAAGGAAAUUCUUUAAACUUAGUUCCACCAAACUCAAUCAACUUAUCUUGUCCAGUAGGUUGCAAUGCCAGCACAGCUCCUUGUUAUGUGCUACUGCACAGGCCUAUGCUUAACUCAAGGAUAACACUGGCUCAUUUCACACUGAAUAACAACUAGAAGGAAAUAACCUUUGGUCUACGUUAGAAAAAUACAGAUGACUGAUUUCCCCUCAAUCAGGUAAUCCCUUAAGUAAACUGAUAUAUUCGCCAGCACAUGAUGCCACAAGCAUCUUGUCCAUAUGGCUUUUUGCUUUGUCUCCUGCUUCCUGCAACAAUAAUUUUUAUACUAUUGCUUUUAUUUAUAUGCCUUUGUCAUCACUUCACUGUGAACAGAAACAUCAGAAGCAGCAAAGGAGAACUGCCACAUGUGGCUCUUUUGACUAAAUCCUUAUUCCUUCUCCCAAGGCUGAGACAGAUUUUAUCCCACAGUUUAACAUCUAAGCGUUGUGCCUUACAUGCUCUACUGCUAUUACACCCUCCUUCUCUGAGGAGAAGGACCCAUCAGCCUAAGGUGAUGGCGCUGUUCCCCUGAUGCAAGGAACUGCAAGAGCCCUCCCCUUACUGCCUCGGCAGAGGCGAGAGGAACUGCAGCGACAGGCACCGUGCUCCCAGCCGUGCUCCCAGCCGACACCUGUACCCGGCACACAGCAGGCGCUGGAACACCGGGGAUCACCGGCAUCACACUGCGUGUUCCACACAUGGGAACUGAGCAGUACAUCCCUCUGACACCUACAGAGACAGGAAAGGAGCAGAAGCAUCUGACCCACACCGGGCAUUUUUAUUGCUGCUGGGGAAAGCAUAUAGAGGCUGCUUCCAUCAUCUCCUACAUUUUUCUCUGAGCCAUGGCUGCUAAGCUUAGAGUUAUCUUGCUUUCUUUUCAACCAGACAUUCAUCAAUGCAAAAGAACUACUCAUGGUUCUUAUGCCAGAGUGAAAGUGAAAAGACAAGUGGGAAGAAACCAGAGUGGGUGUAGCUGGAAGGAGAGGGCUGUGGACGGCUCUCAUCCCAGAUGUUUGUUGCCAGUUACCGGCCUGUGCGCCCCAGACCGCACUCCUUGCCUGUACCACUCUUCCAGAACUUCUUUUUUAAUACAGGACCAAAUCCAAUCUCUGAAAAUGUCCUAUGAGAAGUUCAGAAAAGCCUUGUUGAAUCAUGCAGUAAACAUGAAGCACAGGGAAGUUUUUGAACUUUUACGAGUGGCUAGAACACAUCCUCCCUUCAAUGAACAAGAAGCUUCACUGCAAGCAGGUGUUUUGAGCACACUAAUAAGCAACUGUAAAAAGAUCUUCAUAAACACACUGCUCUGUUUCAAAACUGGGCCUACAAGUCAAACUCCAGUAUCCUACAAUUACUUAAAAUUAAUCUCCAUUUUGCCUUCUUAGUAGAUUAGUCAGAAACCUAGGGAGAAGUAGCAAACAGUUCUAAGUUUUAGAGUGUGAUACUCUCAUUCUUUAAAGUUUAUGGAUUUUUUUAAGAGAAAAUUCUAGCAGAAAAUUUGUUUCAUGUAAUAUAAACAUUCUGAUGUAAUCAAAGGGUCUGUAGUUCACUAUAUGCUCAGGUUUUGGCUGAUAAAGAGGUAAUUUUUCCUCCUGAUUAGGAAACAGAUUCACUUUAUAACCAAUAAACGACUCUGCAGCUUAGGAAGUACCUUAUUAAAGCCAGCACUGCCAGCUCCACUGACUUAGAAACAAAAUUAAGUAAUUCCUGUUGACCAGCAGUUACAUUCUGUACUUCCCUAAGGUCUAAAAAUGGUAUCAGUCCAAAGGUCCAUCCUCUCAGCUUGUUUGUCAAGCCGCCAAAGUAUACAGACUAAACCAGAAUCUGCUUCUACAAACACUGCACUAUAAUCACCAACACAAUCACCACCUCUCAACUACGGUAUGAACACAUGUUCAGAAACGUUAAGAUUAUACAAUACCAUUAAAGCAAAAUAAAGUGAUCCUGUACAAUCCUUCUGGACAUCUACAGACAGCCUGGCUCAUCUGAAAGACUUAUUUCGUGCCCAAGAAGGAAGGGUCCUCCACUCCUGCAACAAUUUGGAGAUGCUCUAAACUUUAUUUGGACAGCCAACUAAUUUUCAGCUAAGGCAGUAAUCUGCCGUGUUUUUCUCCCUUGGCAUGUGCCCAGUCACAUCGUUUUUGGGAUUUCUAAGUAGGCAGCUUGUAGGCUGAGUCCAAAGAGUCCCUUUUCUACCUGUUCAUUGACAUGGAAGGCGUCUCUGCUCCCAGCGAAUCCACGGGAACGAAUCUGACUGGGCCCUAACAGCCACACCUCCCACAAGAAAGAAAGAUACGACCACCUGUAAACCUUUGCUCUUUCCCAGCAUACCACAAACUCGCAUCUCACAGGAAGACUAUACAAGACUAUGUAAUGGAGCGUGGGGUCUCAGAUUCUACUAUUUCCAACAGGCUGCGAAGCAUUUUGAUUUUAAAUGACCACCUGCUGAGAUUACAGCGGGCCACCUCUUUCCCAGGCUCCCCUGACAGCCACCAGUCGUUAGGAAAACGAAUCGCAGCCGACACGCGGCUGUCGGGAACCGACCCCCGCGAGCAGCGAAGCAAAGUAAAACGGAGACGCGAAGCCGCAGCCAAAGGUGAAGCCUCUGGGAAAGCCCUGUCAGAGAGGAGCCCCAGGCCGUCAGCCAUGGCCGUACCUAUCGCGGUUCUGGACUGCGACCUCUUGCUCUAUGGCCGCGGACACAGGACUUUGGAUCGCUUCAAGCUGGAGGAUGUCACGGAUGAGUAUCUAGUGUCCACGUACGGCUUUCCCCGACAGUUCAUUUGCUACCUGGUGGAUCUCCUGGGAGCCACUCUCUCACGCCCUACACAGCGGUCCAGGGCCAUCAGUCCAGAGACGCAAAUCCUUGCUGCGCUGGGUUUCUAUACCUCUGGCUCCUUCCAGACUCGCAUGGGGGAUGCUAUUGGCAUUAGCCAAGCCUCGAUGAGCCGCUGUGUUGCCAAUGUAACCGAGGCACUGGUGGAAAGAGCCUCACAGUUCAUUCACUUUCCUAAAGAUGAAGCUACUGUACAGACCCUGAAGGAUGACUUUUAUGGGCUGGCAGGAAUGCCGGGAGUGCUGGGGGUGGUUGACUGCACCCACGUGGCAAUCAAAGCGCCAAAUGCUGAGGACCUGUCCUAUGUGAACCGAAAGGGUUUGCAUUCCCUGAACUGCCUCAUGGUGUGUGAUUCCAGAGGAGUCCUCCUUAGUGCUGAAACGCACUGGCCAGGCAGCCUGUCUGACUGCGCGGUGUUAGAGCAGGCAGCCCUCACAAGCCAGUUUGAAACCGAGCUACAUAAAGAUGGCUGGCUACUUGGUGACAGCUCCUUCUUGCUCCGGACGUGGUUGAUGACCCCUCUGCACAUUCCCGAGACGCCUGCGGAGUACCGCUACAACAUGGCCCAUUCUGCCACCCACAACGUCAUCGAGCGCACCUUCAGAACCAUUCGCUCGCGGUUCCGCUGCCUCGACGGCUCCAAAGGCACCCUGCAGUAUUCUCCAGAGAAGUCCAGCCACAUCAUUCUGGCCUGCUGCGUGCUUCACAACAUCUCCCUGCAACAUGGGCUGGACGUGUGGUCUGCACCAGCCACAGCACACAUGGAACAAUCGGAAGAAGAAUACGAGCAAAUGGAAUCAGUGGACUCGGAAGCCUGUCGUGUUCGUCAGGAACUUUUAAUUACUCAUUUUAGCUAAUGUUGUCACACAGAAAAGGCUUUUAACAGUUCAUCUGGGAAGUUAUCUGGAGCAAACAUGCCCCUUCCUGUUCUUUAAUCCUGUAAAGAUUUAAGCAGACGUGAGAUGAGAAGAAAUAUACUCUCUUCAUUUUGGGCAAAUUUCUGAACUUCUCUCAGUCUUGCUAGAGAUUCAGGUUUAAUUGGUACAUUUUUGCUGUCGUGAUGCUUAGAGGCGCCCCAUUCACUUGACUUGGAACAACAACUAAUGUGACAACCGUGGGAAAAUUAGGGAAUUGUCUUUUAUAGUGAGGGAAAAUCUGUAAACCUUGCACUGUUUUACAAAGCAACAAUUCUAUUCCACUGUGUAACUCAAAACACUUAUGAUUGAUUUUUUUAACAGUAUUUUGCACAAAUUAAAUUUCCACAUGAA